AGUAAUGACGAAAUUCAGCUAUUCUGAAUACUUAUCUCAGUUCCGUAACGCUGGAGGUAAAUGUAAUAAUGUUCAGACGCGACUGCGGGGAGAUAGGAGGAGAGGAGACGGUCAGGGCGACGUAACGUCAGAGCCGGAGGAUGUUGAGCCGGUGGUCUUUGCCAUCAGGAGAGGGGAUGUGGAGGCAGUUAAUGAUGUGGCAACAUCCGCUCCUCUCAGUCUGCUGAAGGAGAACAAAGAUGGGUGGAUACCUCUGCAUGAUGCUGCCUUCUGUGGACAGACAGAGUGCCUGAAGAUCCUUCUAAAGGCCCAUCCAGGUUCAGUAGACAAACGUACCUUGCAGGAGCAGACGGCCUUGCUGCUGGCUGUGUCUUGUGAACACUUGUCAUGUGUGCGUCGCCUUCUGGAGACAGGCGCCGACCCCGACAUCAGCAGCAAGAACAAAGAAACCCCUUUGUACAAAGCCUGUGAGUUGGAGAAUGUGGACAUGGUGAGCCUCUUGCUGUCCUACGGGGCCACCGCGAACCAGCGGUGUGGUCAGGGUUGGACGGCCCUCCACGAGGCUGUGUCCAGGAACAACACGAAAAUCUGUGAGAUGCUAAUAAGAGCCGGAGCCGCAAUCAAUCCACCUAACACCUACAGCAUCACGCCACUCAUUGUAGCAGCUCAGCAAGGACAGAUGAGGGCACUGUGCUACCUUAUUGAGAAAGGUGCAGAUGUGAACAUGCAGACAUGUGAUGGUGUCACAGCGCUGCAUGAGGCCAGUAAAAAUGGCCACAAGGAGAGUGUUGCAGUGCUGUUGACUAAAAACGCAGAUGCCAACAAACCCACUAACUCAGGACUGCUGCCACUGCACACUGCUUCCCAAUAUGGACACCAUGAGAUUGUGUCUCUCCUCGUCUCAGUCACAAGUCGAGCCCUGCUCCGCCACAGUUGUGUCAGCCCCCUCCACCUGGCAGCAGAGCACAACAGACACACUGUGGCAGCUGUGCUACUCAAGACAGGUGCGAAUGUAAACGCCACACUGGCCAACAGCCACUCCAUCCAGUAUGCUGAUCGGCGCGCGACAGCCCUCUACUUUGCAGUUGCCAAUGGCAGCAAAGAGACAGCAGAGGUGUUACUGAACGCUGGCGCGAGUCUAAACCUGGACCCAGUCAGUCCUCUGCUGAUGGCUGUGCAGCAGGGCUGCAUCAGCACUGUGUCAUUACUGCUGGAGAGAGGGGCUGACAUCAACGCCAGAAUACCCUCUUAUCCUACUACGUUCCCUGCUGCCGUUGCACUCUGCAUGAAUAAUUUGGCUCUGCUCAAGUGCCUUUUGGACAAUGGCUGUGAUGCCCUCUCUUGUUUUACCUGUACAUACGGCUGUGCCCCUCACCCAACGUCAGGAGGAUCCCACAUUAGAACUGUUGGCAGCAAUGGAUAUGUUUUGCAGAAUGACAGUAUGCUUCCUUUAAACUGCAGUGAGAUGCCAGAGAGAGCUACACAGUUCUGUGAGUGGAUCUCAACGUCAGUCAUGUGUAAAUGGGCAGGACCGGUCAUAGACUUGCUGCUGGAGCAUGUUGGUCACGUUCAGCUGUGCAGCAAGCUCACUGAACUGCUGGACAGCCGAGAAGAGUGGCUCGCCGUGAAGAGGAAGUCAUUGUUACCUCGUCCACUGCUGCACCUUUGCAGAUUCAGGAUUCGAGCCCAAAUGGGGGGAAACAGACUCUCACAGAAAUCUCUCACAAGUCUACCUCUGCCGGACAGACUGAUCCGAUACCUGAGCCACGCUGAAUGACUUUAAA